AUGCCUCUGUUGCCUAUCGCCCUCUAUGGGCUCGAGGUUCCCGCGCAAGGCGUCAUGGUCCCUGCCAUGCAGGAAGAGGGAAUUCCUGGUGCUGCUUAUCGCAUUACUAUGGCUGCUCUCGACCCAACCGAGGCACCUGAAGCUGACGAAGAGGGUAACAUCCCCAACGUCCCACGAUCUACCCUCAAGCUCAUUCGCAAGCGACCUUCCCUCGACGACGAUGAUGAUGAGACUCGCGAUUACCUUGAGCGACUGUUAGCUGGCGAUUCCUCUGACGAGGAUGACGAGGAUGAUGAUGAAGAAGAGGAGGAGGAAAACUCCGAUGAUGAGCCCAAUGGCGGCCCCAGUGAUCCUGCCAAGUCCAAGAGGGCCCGACAAGAAGCUGCUCUACAGAAGCUUAUCAAGGCCGCUCAAGAAGAGCAGGAUUCGGAUGAGGAGAUGGGUGAUGAUGCCAAGCCAAAUGGCAAGGUUAACAAGAAGGGCAAGGAGCCUGCUACCUCCAGCGAUGAUGAAGAUGAUGAUGACAGCGUUGGCUCGGCUGCGUUGGAUCUCGAGGAACUCGUCGUCUGCACCCUCGAUACUGAACGCAACUACCAACAACCUCUCGACAUCGUCAUUGGUCCUGAUGAGGAGGUUUUCUUCAUCGUCAAGGGUACCCACACCGUCCACUUGACGGGUAACUACGUUGUUGACCCCGAAGAGAGCGACGAGGAUGGAUCUGACGAAGACUACGAUAUGGAGGGUAUCGAGGACUAUGAUUCUGAGGACUCCGAAGUAGACGAGCUUGAUGACCUCCAAGAUCCUCGUGUUACCGAGAUUGACUCCGACGAGGAGGAGGCCCCCAAGCUAGUAGCUGCCCAAGCCAAGAAGGGCAAGAACAAGCGCCCUGCCGAAGACGAGGCAGAGAGCCUCGAUGACCUCAUGGCUAAAGCCGAAGAGGCCAAGCUCAGCAAGAAGCAACAGAAGAAGCUAAAGAACAACAAGGGCGAGGCUAUUGCCAAGGAGGAUGCUGCUAAGGACAGUGCUUCCAAGGGUGACAAGAAAGUCCAGUUCGCUAAGAACCUUGAGCAGGGUCCCACUGGUUCCGCUGCUGCGGAGAAGGGCUCAGCUACUCUUGGUGUGAAGGUUGUUCAGGGCGUCACUGUUGACGACCGCAAGGUUGGAUCCGGUCGUCCCGCCAAGAAGGGUAGCAAGGUUGAGGUCCGAUAUAUCGGCAAGCUACAAGAUGGCAAGGUUUUUGAUGCCAACAAGAAGGGAAAGCCAUUCAGCUUCACUGUAGGAAAGGGUGAGGUUAUCAAGGGAUGGGAUGUCGGUAUCCAGGGCAUGUCUGUCGGUGGUGAGCGUCGUCUUACCAUUCCCGCCAACCUCGCCUAUGGCAGCAAAGCGCAACCCGGUAUCCCUGGCAACAGCACGUUGAUUUUCGAUGUCAAGCUUUUGGCAAUCAAAUAA